AGUGCUUGAGGUAUCACUCAGUCACUUCAAUUGCCUCAGAAAUCAUACCAUAGUAUCCUCAGGUAAAAAGACACCAUGAACACGGAAAGGGUGUUAGUAUAUGCGCUGCUUCUUCCUCUCCUGCUUCAGGUAAGUACUUGCUUGGACAUCCUAAACCAAAACAACACUAUCAAAGAUGGCAAUCUCUUGGUCUCCAGUGGCAAAACGUUCGUUCUUGGUUUCUUCAGCCCGGAUAAUUCUAGCCGCCGUUAUGUCGGAAUUUGGUAUUACCGAGUUUCUGAGCAAACCAUUGUUUGGGUUGCUAAUCGGGAGAGACCAAUCAGUGGCACUACGGGAGCUCUUUCAAUUGAUUCUGAUGGAAAUUUGGUGCUCCAUGAGAAAAAUGGAAGCUUUCCUGUUUGGUCGACAAAAGUUUCUUCUGGAUUAUCAAACUAUUCUACAACAGCUCGGCUUAUGGAUUCAGGUAAUCUUGUUCUAGUUCAAGAUUUUAGCAAGAGCGUGAUAUGGCAAAGCUUUGAUUAUCCUACAGACACUCUGCUUCCCCUCAUGAAACUUGGGUUGGACCUCAAAACCGGUUUGAAUCGGUUCCUAACAUCAUGGAAGUCCCCAGAGGAUCCGGCACCCGGCAAUUACUCCUACAGGAUUGACCCAAAGGGCUAUGCUCAAUUAUUCCUGUACAAGGAUGGGGAUCCGUACUGGCGUUCCGGAUCAUGGAUCGGAGAUCGGUGGAGUGGCAUACCCGAAAUGACUCGCAGGUUCAUCUUCAACGUAAGCUUUGUAAAUAACCCAGACGAGGUUUCUGUGGUGUAUGCCAUGGUCAACGCGUCGAUCAUCUCAAGAAUGGUUUUGAAGGAAUCGGGGUCAGUCCAACGAUUCACAUGGCAUGACCAAGAACAGCGGUGGAUAGAAUUCUGGUAUGAUCCAAAGGACCAGUGUGAUUAUUAUGGCAAGUGCGGGCCCAACAGCAACUGCAAUCCGUAUAAUGCAGGACAGUUCGAGUGCACAUGCCUGCCAGGGUUCGAGCCCAAGUCCCCGACUGAUUGGUACCUAAGGGAUGGAUCAGCCGGGUGCGUAAGGAGGCCCAGGGCGUCGGCAUGUCAACAUGGGGAAGGAUUUGUGAAGGUGUCGCUUGUGAAGGUGCCAGACACUUCGCAAGCACACACCAACAUGAGCUUUAGCUUGAAUGAGUGUGAGAAGGAAUGCCUGAGGAAUUGCUCUUGCACAGCUUAUGCUAGUGCCAAUGAGAUUCUAGGAGGUUUUGGGUGCCUCAUAUGGCAUGACAAUUUAGUUGAUACAAGAACAUUCACUGAUUCAGGUCAAGAUUUAUAUGUACGGGUCGAUGCCAUUGAGUUAGCUCGCUAUAGGAAAAAAACAAGUUUCCUCAGCAAAAAGGCAAGGGUUGCGAUAAUUUUGGUUUCAGUUUUGACAGCGCUACUGCUCGCCAGCUCCAUCUCCUAUUGCUUGGUGAUCAAGAAGAGAAACCGCGUCGAUCGCAGAAGGCAAAAUCCACUGAUUAGUGAGAUGACCAAUCUAACACAUUUCGAGGGCUCUCCGAGUGUAGAAGACUGCGAUGAUGGAGCUAGACGAAACAGAGAUGUACCGCUCUUUGAUCUGAGCACCAUAGCUUCGGCAACAAACAAUUUCUCCUUCCUCAAUAAGCUCGGACAAGGUGGUUUUGGAUCAGUGUAUAAGGGCGUUAUGGACAAUGGAGCUGAAAUAGCGAUCAAAAGACUAUCGAAACAUUCGGGACAAGGAGUUGAAGAAUUUAAGAAUGAAGUCCAGUUAAUUGCGAAGCUCCAACACCGGAACUUGGUGAGAAUACUAGGCUGCUGUGUCGAAGAAGAUGAGAAAAUGCUAAUUUACGAGUAUUUGCCGAACAAAAGCUUGGAUGCCUUCCUUUUCGACAACACAAAAAGUUCGUUGCUAGAUUGGAAAAAACGGUUCGAAAUCGCAUCCGGGGUGGCACAAGGACUCUUGUACUUGCACCAAGAUUCGAGGCUCAGGAUCAUUCACCGAGACCUAAAGGCCAGCAAUGUCCUACUCGAUGCUGUGAUGAAUCCGAAGAUAGCCGAUUUCGGUAUGGCUAGGAUAUGCGGUGGGGACCAAAUGCAAGGAAACACAAAUCGAGUAGUCGGAACAUACGGGUACAUGUCACCAGAGUAUGCAAUGGAAGGUAUAUUUUCAAUAAAAUCCGACGUCUAUAGCUUCGGAGUUUUGCUGUUGGAGAUCAUCAGUGGCAAAAGGAACAGCGCAUAUUACCAUGAAAAUCCAUCUUCCAAUUUGGUAGGCCGUGUAUGGGAGCUAUGGCAGGAAGGAAACUGUGUCGACAUCGUCGAUGAGACAAUGGACGAUUCAUGCUCCAAAGAGGAAGUCUUGAGGUGCAUCCAGAUCGGUCUUUUGUGCGUGCAAGAAUUCGCGGAGGAUAGGCCGAACAUGUCCGCCGUUGUUUUCAUGUUGGCAAAUAACAACGUGGUUCUUGCAUCCCCGAAACGACCUGCAUAUGUAUUCAAGAGCAACUACCAUGGCACGAAUCUAUCGUCAAGCGACGGGACGACUUCUGUGAAUGACGUUACGAUUACGGAGGUCGAAGGCCGCUAGUUUUGCCGUUCUCUUGCACUGGAUUUGUUCCAUGACAUCAAUUCACUCUAAAAUCUAUGCUGAACUCGGCAUCAAUCUGUAAUCCUCAUUUGUUGGAACCUAUAAUCAUAAUGUUUGGUGUAGACACUUGAAAUAUUGUUGAUGUAGUGAAAGAUGGGCUUUUAGCAA